UGAAGACUUGAAGCCAAAAGCUUAGUGGGGUGUAACGCAGGAGAGUGGCAUAAAGGCGGGAAAUCCCUCUCGUCUUCUUCGAGCUGAGCUCCGACACCGACUCCAUUGUAACGAGCCAACCAACGAUGCUGAGUUCAUUCCAAUGCCCGCGGACCGAAUCGACUCACUAUCGCCUUUACGAGUUCGCUAAGACAGCCCUUAUCAAGAUCUUCGUCUCCCCCUAUGCCACGGUCUGCGAUUUGUAUUGCGGAGGCGGAGGAGAUUUAGACAAGUGGGACGAUGCCCAAAUUGGUCACUACAUUGGAAUUGAUGUUUCGACGUCUGGAAUCACCGAAGCUCGGGAGUUAUGGGAGAGUCAAAGGAAGUCUUAUACCGCAGAAUUCUGUGAAGUUGAUCCUUGUAUGGAAAAUCUGGAAUCAUUCUUGCAGGAAAAGGGUAUCCCAGUAGAUAUUGUCUGCUGUUUGCAACAUUUACAGUUGUGUUUCGAAACUGAGGAGCGAGCAAGGAGGCUUUUGCAUAAUUUGUCAUCUUUGCUGAAACCAGGAGGUUAUUUUUUUGGUAUUACACCUGACUCCUCUACCAUAUGGGCUAAGUACCAGAAAAAUGUUGAAGCAUCCCACAACAAAGGAAGUGGUAUGAAGCCUAACAUUGUUCCUAAUUGCAUUCGGUCCGAGAAUUACAUGAUCACAUUUGAAGUCGAGGAGGAGAAGUUCCCAUUAUUUGGAAAGAAAUACCAGCUGAAAUUCCCUAAUGAUAUUGCUUCUGAAACCCAUUGUCUUGUCCAUUUUCCCAGCCUCAUAAGGUUAGCCAGAGAGGUUGGUCUCGAAUAUGUGGAAAUUCAAAACUUGACUGAAUUUUAUGAUGAUAAUAGAGUGCAGUUUGCAGGCAUGCUCCACAGUUUUGGUCCAAACUUUGUAGAUCCAAGAGGAAAACUUCUUCCUCGGUCUUUUGACUUACUAGGCCUAUAUACCACGUUUAUAUUUCAAAAGCCCGAUCCUGGUGCUGGCCCUCCGGCUUUGACCCCAACAUUGCAGGAUGGAAGUCACAUUCAUGAAGAAAGGGAAUGGCAUGGAAGUGGCUGGAGACAUCAAACAUCUGUGGUAGAGGAUGAAAAGAGCGGCAAUUUAGAGCCACCUAUUGGCAUCAACAGUGAGGUACCUGAGGAGGCCAAAGGGAUCCUGGGUCCAGGACCCCCAGAUCUACGGUUCUCAGAACCCUUGUGACUUUGUGAUAUUACUUUCUAGCUUUGGGUUCUUACGGUAAAAGUUUUACCUCACCUCCUCCAAAAUGUUGAUCUUAUGCAGUGGUGAAAACUAAACUGAAAAAGGGUUGAUGUUAAACUUCAGGGUGUUUGCACUUAAAAAUUCUCUGUGCCCUUACCUGAAGGUGUAAAGUUGAAAAGGAUUUUAAUUUCGGUGGUGAAAUUUAAACUAACAACUACUCGUGUAGAGAAACAGAAACAUUCAAGACAAAUGAAGCACAUUACUAAUUGUUAUUUGCAAUAAUCCAGGUGAAGGUUUAGUAAUACUCCUAUUCUUGUGAACUCUUACAAUUGUUAACUGAAGACUUCUUCUGGAAUGUUUAUUUGUGAUA